UUGACAUGUAAAGUGAGUCCCCCGUAUAAAUCCUGCCUCCCUCCCCCGGCUGCGAACUCCCAGGGCCGCUCAUUCCCGGAGAGGGGGAACAUGGUCACCCAGCCCGGAGGGCAGGAGAAACCGCGGGUUUGCAGCUUCCGCAAGGUUUGCUAGCAGCACUAGGCAGGAGGGAAGAAGCGGGCCGGGGAGGAGUGAAAGGCAAACCCCUGUAACAUUUCCCUUCUGCCCCGCAGAUCUCAAAGCCCUUGAUGGAGAAGAAGAGAAGAGCCAGGAUUAAUGUGUCUCUGGAGCAACUGAAGGCUCUGCUAGAAAAGCACUAUUCUCACCAUAUCAGAAAGCGAAAACUGGAGAAGGCAGACAUCCUGGAGCUGAGCGUCAAGUACAUGAAAAGCCUCCAGAAUUCGGUGCAAGGUAAAACCUCCGUUGCCCUCCGUUUCCACGCGGGAGUAACGGGGUCAUCACGGCGUUUGUUGCUGGGUAGAAGGGUCUUGUGAAAUCUGGAUCGAAGCUCGAAGUUACGGGGUCCCGCCGGUUACAUCCCAAUUAUGCGAAUCCACGAGCUGUGGUGCAAGGAGCGAGACUCUCAGCUGGGGCACCUGGGCGGCAGCAGUGUCUGAUUACUGGGCUGCCUUUGGCCGAGCCUGGGCUACCUGAGCGCCUCAGGACACUGAUUUGAAAUUUACUCUGGAUGUAGAGCCCAAGCCCUGUUAUAUCGAUGGCACCGAGUCCCGUGUGGACACGAUUCUGCCCAGUCCCUUUGCUCUCUCAGUUGCAGUUUCUAUGACUCCCUUGGAGCCUCCGUGGCUCGCAGGCUGGGGGGCGCAGUGCCGGCCUUGCCGGAGGCCCGCGGGUGUAACUGGACCCCCCAGAGGGGGAGGGGCUGAGAAGCAUGUUUUCCUGGCUUGUC